AUUUUUAGGGUUAUUAGGCGGGUUUAAGACACGCCGAAAUGUCAAGCAGCAGGCACGGUAAUAGACAAGAUCCAAAUAGCCCGGAUAGUCGUUUUUCCCGGGACUCCACUCGAGAAAAGGAGAGCUCUAGACGACAUAGACAUGACAGAGAAGAAAAGUCUUCAAACCGAAGAAGAAGUGCAAGUCCAUGUACAGCGCCAACAACAUCUGUUAGAGAAGACAAUUUAUCAUCAGGAACUCAUUUGUCUGAUGAAAAACGGCCUAAAAAUCCAGCAGCUAUAGCAGCAGCAGCAGCAGCACGUAUUAAUGCAAUGUAUAGUAAUAGAACAUCGGUACCAGUAUCUUCUGAGCCUCAGAAACAACCAACUACAGCACCUCCAGCACCACCGGCCCCUAUAAUUCGUGAUCCAUAUAAUCAGGAGGGGGAUUAUGUGAAAGACAUUGAGGUUAAUGAUCUAAGGAAUCGGUAUAUCCUUACAAAAGGAGCGACUCAAAAAAUGAUCAAAGAAGAAACAGGAGCAGAUGUAACAACUCGUGGGAAGUAUUAUCCUGAUAAAACAUUAGCUACGGAACGAGAUCCUCCGCUUUAUCUACAUGUUACAGCUACUACCAAAGCUGGAUUAGAAGCAGCGGUUAAAAAAAUUGAAGAACUUAUGUCUCAAGAACUUCCUUCUCUUGUUGAUGAAAGACGUUUUAAAAGGAAAGAUGAUGUUGAACGGGAUGAACUUGGAAGAAGAAAAUGGCCAGAAGAAAGACUUUAUAUUGGACUAGAACCAAUUCGUGGGUUUCAUCUACGUGCUAGUAUUGUUGGUCCUAAUGGACAAUACGUCAAGCAUGUUCAGCAAGAAACAAAAUGUCGUGUUCAAAUUAAAGGUAUUGGAUCUGGGUUCAUGGAACCGACUACUGGGCGUGAAAGUGAUGAGCCCCUUUACCUACAUAUUACUGGCCCUGAUCCUACUGAAGUUCAACGAGCCAAAAGUUUAUGCGAAGAUCUGUUAAAAAGUGUUAAACAGCAAUAUGAACAAUUUAAGGCAUCACCACAUGGCCAAAAUUUUCCUGGAUAUACAGGAUCAAAUAAUGCAUAUGGAUCUGCAUCUGGAUAUCAGGCCCCAACAGCACCAAUUGGACCUCCUGGUGUUUCCGGAUCAUAUUCUGCAGACCCUUAUGCAGCUUAUGGAGGUUAUGAAGCAUAUGUCCAAUAUUAUCAGUCUUAUUAUCAACAUUAUUAUCAACAAGGAAACUCAGCAAAUCCUGCACAACAAACACAAAAUUCCCAACAGACAGGAAAUUAUCAUACAAUUGCGCCUCCUGGAACGUAAUAUUUAUAAUAUCUUAUUCACACUUUUGUUCGUACACUAAAAUCUUAAUUUUCUACAAUCUAGA